UGACUUCACCAUCUCACAAUUUGUAUCGAUUAUCUAACCAUGCAAUAAACAGUUUUUACAAUUAUAUUCCGCUGUUUAUAAAAGAAAUUUUACUGAAUCGGUGUUUUGGGAUAGGAUAACAUUUUAAUGCUGUAAAAUUCACCUCGAACUUUGAUCCUGAGCCGCAAUUAUCUCGCCACGCACUACGGGACGAGCCACUUGCAAUCACUAACGACAUUUCUUAUCAUAAUUCGACGAAGGUACCGAUGGUGAUCAGAGGCAGGCAGUGUCUUCUUGUAGGUCAGUUCGACAAGUGAUGUUCAUCGUUCAAUAUCCUCGCAUAUUAUUCUUUCACAAUGCGCCGGUAAAUAUUUUUGUAAAAGCAUUGAUAGCUUGCAGACGUAUCUGUUUAAAACCAAUAAUGAAGAAGAAUGUGAAUAGUGUUUGUGAAUAGCUUCAUCAGUGAGAGCUGUGAAAAAUACACUUUAUUUUGUAUUCAAUUGAAAACAGUCAAUUUCGCAUACAAUUUUAAGGCCGUAAAAUUUUUCGUCACGAAGGUGUAUAUUUCCAUAACUACGUCGACAUACUUUUAAAUACCAUCUUCAGCAUCAUGCGCCGGAGAAAAAUAUUAUUAAUUACGUUCUUACUAUCAAUUACGCUUACCAUUGAGGGCCAAGAAACUGUAUCAACUACCACACUCGAACACGUGUCAGAUGCUCCCGGUACGAGAUCAUCCGAAGGAACAAAUGACAAUUUAACAUCGCGGGCUCCCAGAACCUCAUUGGGACUACGGGACCGACCUCUGCAGUGCACAAUCGCUCGCUGCUCCGGUCAGGGAGGAGCUCGUAAUUAUUCAGAUAAAAUGCUCACCAUAUCUUUCCUGACUGCGUGUGGGACGGACUGGACCAAGAAAUUCCUUGGCCACAAAAUCGUAGGUGCGCUGUCGCUCGCCGUGGAUGAUGUAAACCGGCGGCGACUGCUGCCCGACAACUACAUGCUCAAGUUCGAGGUAAAGAACACAUAUAAUCUGCUGCUGCCGAGCGUGAGGCAGGUGUGUAUAGACUCGCUGGCUGGAGUGAGCGUCUUCAUCGGACCCGAGCAUACCUGCGACAAAGAGGCUGCCAUCGCAGCCUCCUUCAAUAUUCCGCUGCUCUCUUACGCUUGUGAAGAAGCUAUACGAGGUCAAGACUCAGACCAGCCGACCAGGUACACUGGAUUACGAGGUCAAGACUCGGACCAGCCGAUCAGGUAUACUGGAUUACGAGGUCAAGACUCGGACCAGCCGACCAGGUAUACUGGAUUACGAGGUCAAGACUCGGACCAGCCGACCAGGUAUACUGGAUUACGUGGUCAAGACUCAGACCAGCCGACCAGGUAUACUGGAUACGAAAACUUUGUUGUGCGCUUCAACCCUACGGAAAAAACGGAACUGAAAAAUGUCGUGAACCUGUUGAAGGAGCACCGAUGGCGGAUUUUUCGUAUAGUUUACACCAGCGAAAUGAAGGACAAGGCCGAGCGACUGUACAACCGAGCGAAGGAUGUACUUUAUCCUCACCCAAGGAUGCAAGUGAACAACCAAACGAAGGACGGACUCGCUCCUCGUCCAAUGAUGCAAGCUGGCAACGUAGAAGAGAUCAACGAAGUGCUGCGUACCACCAAAAACUCGACUCGCAUUUACGUGCUGCUCUCGCACCGAGUGGUUGUAAGCGUUUUUCUGCAAGCAAUGUUUCUACAAGGCAUGUUUACGAAGACCCGUGAGCAAAAUUACCUACUCAUCUACCUGGAUACGGAGGGCCAUCAUCACAGAGACUGGACGAAAUAUGUUUGGGGAUCAUCAAUGACUUUUUUCAGCUUAAAAAAACAACAUCUGCUACUGCAGCAAUACAGCAAAUCCCUUCUUAUCAUUCGAGGCACUUUCCCUACCGCUGACUUCUCCGAGCAGAGAAAAAAGAUCAUAUGCAAGAAUAUGCAGCCACCUUUCUGCCAUUCGUAUGCACUGCCUGAAAAACUUGACAUACCGUAUCAAACAGCCGCGUAUCUGUACGAUGCAGUAAUUGAGUAUGCCAAGGCUGUGAGUUCACUGUACACGGACAUGAGGCGUGAGAACUUCAACAUAAAUGUCGCUCAAGCGGCCAGAGAUGGAUGGCGCAUCGUGCAGCGCCUGCGCAACUAUACCUACAAAAGUAUCAACGGAUAUAAUGUAACUCUGGACAAUUAUGGCGAAAGUUAUGGUAACUUUAGUGGUUACUUGUUCUACAGCAUUCCUACUAACUCUACUCGUCAUGUACGAGUACUUCGACGGCCUUCUCAGACUGAACAACAAUCAAAGCUCAACUGCAGCAAUUACAGCGAAGGCGUAUAUGCACAAGAACAGGACGAGCACGAAAACAUUCACAAGAACAAGAGGAGCACAAGCGACCAAUUUUGUAGUGCCCACUUCUCUAAUCCCCUCAUUGAGUCAACCGAUGACUUGGACAAUCAAAGCGAUUCGUGUUUCGUGCUUGUUGUUGAUUUUCAGAAGGAAGAAAUCAACAACACUAAACUCGCUGGGAUUUUUGACGAACCAGAAUGUGGCUUUGAAGGCGAAAAAUGCCCAGCAAAAGGUUAUUGGAAAACAGUGACUUCAAUAAUUCUGGCUACUUUUUCGUUUGCAUUUUUUCCUAUCAUACUUGGUCUGAUGCACACAAUUUAUAUGGCCGAGAGCAAGAUCAUGGGGCUGGAGUGGAGCAUUGCUCUUGCUGAAAUUGAAGAAACAAAUUGUGGCAGGCCCAGAGGAUCGACGAGAAGCUUGGUACAUUUGAACCCGUCCGGGGACUGCUACUACCCUCGCGUGGGCCUCUACCAGGGCACCCUUGUGUGCCUGAAGCCCGUCGCGCAGCACAGCAGCAAACUUCGAAUAUCGCGCUCUGUAAAAAAGGAAAUCUGCACGAUUCGCGCAAUAAAGCACCACAACGUGUGCACUUUCUACGGAGUUUGCGUGGACGCGCACUCGGCGCUGCUUGUCUCUGCGUACAAGGAGCGCGGGGCGCUCAGAGACGUGCUCAGGAACGAGCUCACGCCGCUCGAUGAGCCCUUCAUAGACUCGCUCAUGAUGGACCUCAUCAGAGGCAUGUGUUACCUACAUGAAAAAUACGGUCCACACGGGCGUCUAACGUCGAGCAACUGCGUAGUGAGCGGCCGCUGGGUGCUGCAAGUCACCGACUACGGCCUCGACGAACUGAAGGCAAACCAGCCUCACGCCAAGGACUCAUUCAAGUCUCUAUUCGACCAGCUGUACCGAUCCCCUGAGCUGCUCAGGAGUGACGGGAAAGCCUCAAAAGAAGGCGACGUAUACGCGUUCGGUGUCAUCCUACACGAGACGAUCAUACGUACCGGACCUUUCGGCCUCAGCGAGGAGUCAUUCGAUGGCAACUACGAAGCGGCCAUCACAGAGAUCUUGAACAGAAUAAAGCGAGGGCCGAGCACCGGAGACCCGCUCGAGAGGCCCAGUUUAGCGCAGAUCAUCGAGCGGCCGUUCGGCACCAACAAGUCCGUGGUGGCGACCAUGAAGCAGAGCUGGGACGAGAGUCCCACACAGAGACCUACCUUCAAGUUCCUCAAGACCGACUUUAACAAACAAAGGAAAGAACUUCGGCGCGGGAACCUGGUGGACCAUCUCAUGUCGAUGGUAGAGAAGCACUGCAACCACUUAGAGAACCUCAUCGAGGCUCGGACCCAGGAGCUACAGAGCGAAAAGAGCUUGACUGACCAGUUACUGUACAGCCUCUUGCCCAGAGCUGUAGCAGAGUCGUUGAAACACGACAUUCCGGUAGAGCCGCAAAGCUUCGAAAAUGUCACCAUCUUCUUCAGCGACAUCGUGGGCUUCACAGCUCUCGCUGCCGAGAGCACACCGUGGCAAAUCGUGAGGUUUCUGGACCACUUGUACCGCAUGUUCGACGGCAUCAUCAGCGGCUACGACGUCUAUAAAGUAGAGACUAUCGGCGACGCCUACAUGGUCGUGUCAGGGCUACCUGAGAGGAAUGGCUUGAAACAUGCUGGCGAGAUUGCUUCCAUGUCACUUGAACUCAUAGAAAAGACCCAGACAGACUUCGUGAUCGAUCACCGUCCCGACGAUCCCCUGAAGCUGCGGGUGGGGAUACACUCGGGCCCCGUGAUGGCGGGGGUCGUGGGGCUCGCCAUGCCCCGCUACUGCCUCUUCGGCGACACUGUCAACACCGCCUCCAGGAUGGAGAGUCAUGGCCUGCCGAACAAGAUCCACAUCUCAUCCUCGUGUCGGGCGGCGCUGGAGAAGCUAGGAGGUUAUGUCAUGGAGAAGCGCGGCCUCAUCGAGAUGAAAGGAAAAGGCGUGCAAGAGACACACUGGCUUGUGGCCGCUACAGACGAGGCGAUCAAGCGGAGAGAGACGCCCGUCACAAGCCCGGUCAGGCGGCCAGCCGACCUGCACAGACGGUCGUACUCGUCAUGCCGGAACAGCGUCGGUGAAGCCAGAACGAGUAGCUCCUUGCCGCGUCAUCCCGCCGACGUUGCAGUGACUCCAGAACGCCAGAGGCUGCUAGAUCCCAGGCAUAGGUGCAGCAGCAUCAGCGUGAUGACGCGUAGCACCCUGGCCUCAGGAGGCCUCAGAAGUGGCCUGACUCCCAUCACUUCCUCGCUAGACAAACUACCACCCACAGCAGGGCCUAAUCUUAGGGGCCCACUAGCCGACCGUAAACCUUUCAUCCUCAAAUUCAACAGGGAUGCUCCUCCCCGAAACCGAAGAUCCCACCCACCGUCCCCACUUGUAGAGUCAGACUUAUAGUUCAGGUGUGAUAUAUUAGGGCGAGCUCACCACGAAGGUUAUAUUCUAAUUAAUCAAACCGAUUUAGUGCCCGUCUUCGCACCGUUUCGUUCAGUCACCAACAUAAGGGUACACACACAGUAAACGCAGGUUUGCCCGCGCGGGCAACCUGCUCCAACCUGCCACAAGAAUGAA